CGGGCGGGCGGGCGGGCGCGCGGGCCUCGGCCGAGCCGCGCGGCGAUGGACUGGCCGGGCCUGGCGAAGAUGGCGUCCUCGGAGCAGGCCGAGCAGCCGAGCCAGCCCAGCUCUCCGCCGGGAGCUGAGACCGUGCUGCCCCGGGAGCCACUGAUCGCCACCGCGGUGAAGUUUCUGCAGAAUUCCCGGGUCCGCCAGAGCCCGCUCGCCACCAGGAGAGCUUUCCUGAAGAAGAAAGGGCUGACGGAUGAAGAGGUGGACCUGGCCUUCCAGCAGUCGGGCACGGCCGCCGAGGACCCUGUUCCCGUGGGCCCGGUCACACACGUGGUCCCCCUUCAGCCCCCGCACCUGCACAGCCCCGGGGGCUCGCGGUGGAGAGAUUAUGGUGCCUUGGCUAUCAUCAUGGCAGGGAUCGCCUUUGGCUUUCACCAGCUCUACAAGAAGUAUCUGCUCCCCAUCAUCGUGGGCGGCCGGGAGGACAGGAAGCAGCUCGAGAGGGUGCACGCAAGCGUCGCGGAGCUGAGUGGCAGCCUCGCGCAGACAGUGACGCAGCUGCAGAUGACGCUGGCAUCCGUGCAGGAGCUGCUGCUGCAGCAGCAACAGAAGGUCCAGGAGCUGUCCCAUGAGCUGGCCACGGCCAAGGCCACCACGUCCACCACCUGGAUGCUGGAGUCGCAGAAUCUCACCGAGCUCAAGUCAGAGAUCACGUCGCUCAAGGGGCUGCUGCUGAACCGGCGGCAGUUCCCUCCAUCGCCCUCGGCCCCGAAGCUGCCGUCGUGGCAGAUCCCGGUGAAGUCCCCGUCGCCGCCCAGCCCCGCGGCCGGGCCGCCCCACAGCAGCAGCGACAUCUCCCCGGUCAGCAACGAGUCGGCGUCCCCCGUCAAGGACGGCCACAGCCCCGAGGGCGCGGCGGCCGCCUACCGCCUGCUGGGCCCCCAGGACGAGGCCGCGGGCGCGCUGGACGUGGCGGGCCAGGUGCGCAUGGAGGUGCAGGGCGAGGAGGAGGUGCGGGAGGACGACGAGGACGAGGACGUGGGCCGCGUGGACGAGGACGCCGGCCUGGGCGUGCAGCGCGAGGACCGGCGCGGGGGCGACGGGCAGAUCAACGAGCAGGUGGAGAAGCUGCGGCGGCCGGAGGGCGCCAGCAACGAGCGGGACUAGCCGCGGAACCACCCCACACACACACGAGGCGUCCAUCCCGCCCUCCCGGGCGUCCACCCGGCGUCCACGCCCCGGCCCCCUCGCAACCCCCUCACGGCGCGUGGGACCCAGGGGGCCUGUCUCCUG